AUCAAUAUGAAAAUCUGCCCACCACACCAUCCAACUCCUAUCUUAUCAGAUAAUCACCCCGAAGUGGUUAGCCCCGCGCGCAAGAAUGACGAUCCGGCGACAUCGCGCAGUAUUCACAUAUUCACACUACUCCCACCAUUCACCGUGACAUGACUGGAAUAAAACGCUCCUGGGAAGGAAAUCCCCUCGUUGACAAUACAAAACCCAACACCACAAUGAACAACAACAACAAAAACGCAGACGCAGACGCAAACGCGAACGCAGCAAUGGACGAGCCAUCGAGCAAAGUGCUCUCAAUCUUCGGGACGUUUCGCGAUGAGUUGGACGAGCAUCAUGAUCGAAGAGAGAGAAUUAUCAAGGCGUCGAGGGAUAUUACGGCAUUGAGUAAGAAGAUUAUCUUCUCAUUACAGCGAACCCGCACCAUAAAAUCCCCCCUCCCCCCCACCAUCGCCAAAGAAACAACCACCCGCUUCACCCAAAUCCACACCCUCUUUACCUCCCUAACCCCCGACCUCACCGCCGUAAACACCUGGCGCUACCAACGCAACAUCAGCCCCGGCAUCCAGGAAUUCAUCGAAGCAUUGUCCUUCCACCACUACAUUCUGACGCAGGAAUUGAUUACGAAGGAGGAGGUACAGGCGAAAUUGCCGAGGGAAGUGCUUGUUACCGAGGAGGAUUAUCUCAUGGGGUUGUUUGAUUUGACGGGAGAGAUCAUGAGGUUUGCGGUUACGGGGUUGUCAUCGGGGGCUGCUUCUUCGCAGAAGGAUCAGAAGAAAGAGGAGAAGGGGGAGGAGAAAGAGAGUGGGGAGGGUGAAUUGAGAAUGCUUCCUGAGUCGCAGGCGGGGCUUGUGGUUGACCUACGGGCUAUGCGGGCGCUGUUUGAGAUGCUUAGUGUGCCGCGGCGGUAUCAUAUGCUCCGUGAUUUGGGGAAGAAGAUGGAAGUUAUGCAGACUAGUGUGGAGAAGGUCGAGAAAGCCGCUUAUGGGAUUCUGGUCCGUGGAAGUGAGCGACCAGCUGGAUGGAUGCCAGAUUUGUCGCAUGCGGUUGACGUGGAGAGCUAUUAACCUCUUCAAAUGUCGUAUUUAACAAUCUACCUAACGCAUGAAACAAAGCAAACCAGAAAAAAUCAAUCAUAAGUCAUGAACAUUGCCAAUCCCAUCCAUACGGAGUACGCAGGGACACAAGAUAGGGGCUUAAUUAGUAGGGCUCCUAGGAUCCUCACUCUCCUCCAGAAUCCCCUGCGCAAUAAGCAUCUCCGGCUGCGGGCGAUGUUGAAUCUUCUGCUCGAGACUAUCCGCACGCAUGUGUUUCUGUAACUCGCGCGCUUGGGCUUGGAUGGCCG